AUGGAGUUACGGCGUAGUCAGCAGCAGCAGUCCCAGCAGAAGUGCAUUGUGAUCUUCGCUCUGGUCUGCUGCUUUGCGGUUCUGGUCGCGCUGAUAUUCUCAGCUGUGGACAUCAUGGGAGAAGAUGAAGAUGGACUCUCAGAGAAAAAUUGCCAAAAUAAAUGUCGAAUCGCCCUUGUGGAAAACAUUCCUGAAGGCCUUAACUACUCUGAAGAUGCCCCAUUUCACUUACCGCUUUUCCAAGGCUGGAUGAACUUACUCAACAUGGCCAAAAAAUCAGUUGACAUAGUGUCUUCCCAUUGGGACCUUAACCACACCCACCCGUCAGCAUGUCAGGGUCAACGUCUCUUUGAGAAAUUGCUCCAACUAACGUCUCAAAAUAUCGAAAUCAAGCUGGUGAGCGAUGUGACUGCUGAUUCAAAGGUAUUAGAAGCCUUGAAAUUAAAGGGAGCUGAGGUAACAUACAUGAACAUGACCGCCUACAACAAAGGCCGGCUGCAGUCAUCCUUCUGGAUUGUGGACAAACAACAUGUGUAUAUCGGCAGUGCAGGUUUGGACUGGAGAUCCCUUGGACAGAUGAAGGAACUCGGUGUCAUCUUCUACAACUGCAGCUGCCUGGUCCUAGAUUUACAAAGGAUAUUUGCUUUAUAUAGCUCAUUAAAAUUCAAGAGCAGAGUACCUCAGACCUGGUCCAAGAGACUCUACGGAGUGUAUGACAAUGAGAAGAAGCUUCAACUCCAGUUGAACGAAACCAAGUCACAAGCCUUUGUGUCGAAUUCUCCCAAACUCUUCUGUCCUAAAAACAGAAGCUUUGACAUUGAUGCCAUCUACAGCGUGAUUGAUGAUGCCAAGCAGUAUGUGUACAUUGCUGUCACGGACUACCUGCCUAUAUCCAGUACGAGCACAAAAAGGACAUACUGGCCAGAUUUGGAUGGGAAAAUAAGAGAAGCUUUGGUGUUACGAAGCGUUAAAGUCCGGCUCCUCAUUAGCUUCUGGAAGGAGACCGACCCCCUCACAUUUAACUUCAUUUCGUCUCUUAAAGCUAUUUGCACCGAAAUAGCCAACUGCAGCUUGAAAGUUAAAUUUUUUGAUCUGGAAAGAGAGAAUGCUUGUGCAACAAAAGAACAAAAGAACCAGACCUUUCCCAAAUUAAACCGCAACAAGUACAUGGUGACAGACGGGGCAGCUUACAUUGGAAAUUUUGAUUGGGUAGGGAAUGACUUUACCCAGAAUGCUGGCACAGGCCUUGUCAUCAACCAGGCAGAUGUGAGAGACAACAGGAGCAUCAUUAAGCAACUUAAAGAUGUCUUUGAAAGAGACUGGUAUUCACCUUAUGCCAAAUCCUUACAGCCAACCAAACAGCCGAACUGCUCAAACCUGUCCAAACUCAAGACUCCCUCCAACCAACCUGCCACUCACAAUGCCACCGGGAGGGAGCCCCUGAGUGCAUAGCUCACUGACAGACAAGCAAGGCUUCAGACCCAACACAGGAAGGACUAGAGCAAAGACAACGAUUUACUACAUCUUUUUUUUUUUUUAAGGAGAAAUAAAAAAGCACACGUAUUAAAAUGUUCUCUGAAUGACAUGUAAUAUCUAGCUAACAACAUCUUAGCACCGUAUAUUAAAUUUAAGACUUUCGUAUCUAUGAGCUCUAACAGAGAAUGUCAUUCCAGCAUAGGAGUUAGUUUUUAUUGUCUGCAUACAGAUUUUAAGACUCGGUUCUUGUCUCCUGUUUCUUACUGGUUUUAGAACCUUUUCUGCUGGCCCAGCUGCCCAGGUUUUAGUAUGAGGUGAGCCCUCUCCUUUAAUACUGCUGAAUUCUGGAGUUAGAGGGAGCGGGGAGAAAACACAGAUAGACAGACCCAAGUUUCUGCCCUAAUAAACCAUCUCCAAGACCUCAGGCAGCUGAGCAAAGACACCCUCAUCUCAUGCCAGCCCUCGAGACUCCUGAAAAACACCCCUUUUUAUCCUGUUGUCUUCUGAUACCACAUUUUCUUUGGUAUCAGUCUGUCUUCUCACUAAAUGUUCUUGUUCAACAGCAUCCCUGUGUUCACCUCAGUUCUAGUGCAAAGUGUGAGAAUAUCUUUGGGGAAGGUAUGAAUUCCCCAGAAUGCAUACAAUAUAAAAAUAACAGUCUUUCAUUUUCACCUUUCAACUGCAUUCUUUUC